CGCGACGCGGGCAUGCGCGCGCGCGCGCGCGCGCGUCGCGACGCCGACGACGACGACGACGACGACGCGCGCGCGCGUCGCGCGCGACGCGACGGCGAUGACGGUUGGUCUGCCGCGGCGAGACUGCGCGAGGCGUCCGCGCGCGGCGACGUCGCGGCGUGGACGGGAGACGACGCGCGCGCGUUCGUGAACGCGCGCGGCGUCGACGCGAUCGCGGGCGUCGGACGCGCGCGGGCGAGGGAGGCGGCGACGGCGCUGUCGCGCGCGCUGGGCGCGACGCCGCGCGCGGGCGAGACGACGUCGGCGCUGACGACGACGACGAGGGACGAGAGACGGGCGCCUCGCGAGGCGGUCGACGACGGCGAUGGUGAUGCGCGCGAUGCGUUCAGCGGACGACCGGGCGUCGCGCGAGGGGUGGAGCUGGACGCGGAGGCGUUCGAGGGGAUUUUGGCGGACGCGUCGGAGCGACGGGACGCGCGGGCGCUGUACGCCGCGCAGGUGCCGAUGGCGCGCGUGGGCGAAUUGGAUGUCGAUGGAACGCUUUACGACGAAGGGUUUCGGAGGUUUUGCGAGAGGCACGACGCGCAGAGACAUUGCUGGGUCAACGGCGCGAAGCGGGCGACGACGAAUUUGCACUACGACAACUACGAUAACGUUCUCGCGGUGUUGUCGGGUGAGAAGCGCGUGCGCCUGAUUCAACCUUCGUUCUGCGCGGGUGGUGGUGAGAGGCCGUUUGGGGGGGUGUGCGCCGGCGCCGACGACUCGAACCACGCGUGUGGAAAACUCGAGACGGCGCCGACGUGGCGUUUCUUCACGCUCGGGCCGGGCGAAUCCAUUUUUAUUCCGAGCGGUUGGUAUCACGAAGUGACGUCGGCCCCGUUUACAGUCGCGGUGAGUCAUUGGUGGCGAAACGAUUUCAACGCAGCUCUCGAAACGGUGCUCCGUGACGGGAGACGCAGCACGUAUCACUUUCGCAGAGCGUUUGAAUCGGCGCUCGACGUCUCCGUACACAACGAAACCGAGUCCUGUCGCGCCGUUGUUCGCGAAAUCAUGGAACGCGAGCUCGUCAAAAAUAGGACGCUGACGUAUAGAGUACUCGAUGCGUACAUUGGCAACUUCGUUCCGUGGGACGACGUGUUUGAUUUUUUAACGCGUCGCGGAACGAGUUUGAUCACAAAGGAAAAUCGCCUCGAGCUCGGAACGGAGCGCGAGUCUCGCAAAGAGAACGAAAAAACAGUGAACGCAUUUAUCACUCGCAUUUGGUUAAAAGACGGCAUCGACCUCUCCGUCAUGACUCGGUACUUGAAAGCGAUGACGCCUGACAAAAACAUCGCCACUGCGUUGAGUCACGCGCUGCGCGAAGCCCAAUCAUCCGCGUCUCGUUCGACGGAGGAAUCGGACGCCAGUCGUGCGCAUCACCAUCACGAUUGCAUCUACGCGCAUCACUUCGACAUAUUUUGGCGUGCCGUGACGACGGCGCUCGAAUCGGGCGACGCCGAGUCGUGGGGAGCGCUGUACGCCGCCGCGCGGUGCGAAGAAUUUCCACGAAACGACGACGUCGUGCGAGCGGUACUGCGCAACCAAAAAUACGCCGUCGCAUACCGCGCGCAAGCGCUUCUACAGGACAACUUAGAAGACGACGACGUGUGUUUCACCGUAGACGUUCGAGUGCGUAGACGUGCGGAGCUCGCAGUAGACUUUUAG